AUUUGCUUUCUCCUCUCUUUGUUUUCUAUAUAGACCUCACAGAGCUCUUCUCUCCUGAUGCACUACCCACCAUAUCUCCCACUGCCGAAGAUGGAGGAAUCAAUCAAUUCCUCAAUGGAUAGCGCCUUCUUGUCCAAGGUUGGCUCAGCUUCCUCUGAGGAGAGUGGUUGGACCAUGUACUUUGAGGACUUCAUGGCUACAGCAGCAGAAAAGGCAGGUGGUGUCUUCUCCUCCGGUGCUGUCAGUGAGCCUUCUGUGGUCUCCGACGCUGCUUCAUCUGUUGCGUGGAAGCUGUCGGCCAGCUUUGAAGUGACGGAGGAUUACAGAGAGCUGAGCCUGAAGAAGACGAAGGGGAAGAGGCUGGUGGAUGAUGAUUCCUUGGAAGAUACAGCCAGUUCACCUGUUAGUAGUCCCAAGGUUACUGAUUUCAAUUACUUGACUAAGAACACAGGCAAGAAGGAUGACCACAGGAACACAGCUUAGGAGAAUGUUGUGAGAGAUGGGAAUUGUCAUGAACUGGAAGAAACUGUGAAUGGAUCUGAGUUCAUAGAGAGAACAAAAGGAUGUACAGAGCUGAAGAAAAGAGAGCCUUGUUUAGUUCAUUUAUCCAUGUCAGUAGACUAUCUUCUAGAAGAGACUUUUGGUUUAAUGAAUCUGUUCUACAUAUGUGCAAAUGAAUAGAUCAAAAAAUCUUGUGCAGGUUUUUGUUGAUUGGAAUUACUUACUAAUCACCAUGUACAAGCCCAUGACUAUGCCCUCAUUACCUUGUACUCUUCAUCUCAAUCCAAU